GCAGGUCACUAGCUAGCUAAGCUAUGCUGAAGACAUGCGAAUAAAUUAAACGUUAUAACCUACAAGACAAGCGUGACAGGGUUGAACGGCCGCCGAUUAAAGAUACGCCUGAUCAGCCAGUAGCUUUGGACCGCGGCGAAGGACAAAAGCCCGCAGCUGGUGCUAAUAACAAGGACAACCGGCAGGUUAAGAGAACCAGCGUUAUUUGCCGAUGGCCGUGUCCAAAUGUGCCCGACUCAGCGGCGCCUCCAUCGGGGACCUGCUCGACUCCGUGGACAGUGUGCUGUUCGACUGCGACGGCGUGAUAUGGCGAGGGGACCAAGCCAUUCCUGGCGCCCCCGAAGUGAUCAACUCACUGAAAAAGGGCGGCAAGCGUGUGUUUUUUGUCACCAACAACAGCACCAAGACCCGAAAAAUGUAUGCGGACAAACUGGGUAAACUAGGUUUCAAUGCCCGUGAAGACGAAGUGUUCGGGACGGCUUACUGCUCGGCGGUGUACCUCAAAACGGUAUGCAAACUCGACGGUAAGGUGUAUCUAAUUGGCAGUAACGCAAUGAGGCAAGAACUGGAAACCAUGGGAAUCCAGGCGGUUGGUGUGGGUCCCGAUCACAUAUCAGGAGUUCAGAAUGACUGGGCAAAUGUUCCGCUGGACCCAGAGGUGAAAGCCGUGCUGGUCGGGUUUGAUGAACAUUUUAGUUAUGCCAAACUGAAUCGAGCGCUGCAGUACCUCUGCAAUCCGGAAUGUCAGUUCGUCGGCACGAACACAGAUACGAGACUUCCACUGGAAGGUGACAAAGCAGUUCCAGGGACUGGUUGCCUUUUAAAAGCUGUUGAGACAGCAGCACAGCGUCAAGCUCAGGUGGUUGGGAAACCUAGCAGCUUCAUGUUUAAAUGUGUGGCCAGCCAGUUUGUCUUAGACCCUAACAAGUGUCUCAUGGUUGGAGACAGACUGGACACUGACAUCAUGUUAGGCUCCAGCUGUGGCCUGAAGACUCUGCUGACCUUGACUGGGGUAUCAACAAUAGCUGAUGUGGAAGCUCACCAAAGAAGUGGAUGCCCAAUUCGUCAAGAAAUGGUGCCUGAUUAUUAUGUUGAUAGCAUUGCAGAGAUUUUACCUGCCCUACAAGGAUAGGCAUGUGUAUUUAUUAGGGUUUAUCAGUCAUCCUGCAUGAAGAAAAAAGAAGCUAAUGGAACAAAUGGCACAUUAACUUGAUAUUUACUGUUAAAAGGAGUGAUUAAUACAAUAACAAAGAGGACUGUAAAAUAGCUGGAUAUUUGCAUAUUUCCAUACAACAUGAGGCAUUUCAAUGAGAGUAAUUUGCCGUAGACCGUGGUCAUUGUAUUAACAGUGUGAGCAUGGGCUAGAUUACACUAAUAAUUUGUUAUAUUAGAUAAAAAUGGCAGUUCUCCAAUGUUUAUUUUGAGAGGUGCAGUGUUUAACUUGUCAGUCUUUUUUUCCCCCCAAAUAUCUUUAAUUAUUUUUUUGCAUGUUUGAAUCAAGAUAUCAACACUUAUACACAGAAAUGUAAUGGGAGCAUGUGAUGCAUUUGCAUAUUCUGUUAUGUAUUUUAAAGAGCUCAGGUACUUUCAGUAGACUAGAUUAAUUGUUCUAUGUUAAUGGAUUAUACUACAGUUUCUGCUCAGAGAUGUGUGUUACCCGGGCCAGUUACUUACACACAUUACUUAAACAUAAAGAUUUUCUUUGCAGAGCUGAAAGAAUGAAAAGGCAUUCUAAAUGACUGCAGUUUUAUUUCAUGUUCCUCAUUAAUUUUACCAUAAGUUCUUCAUGGAGUUGUUUCAGUUUUUAUCUUGCCUCGAACAAAUGAAGAUGAUGUCCUCUUGUGAAGAUGAAAUAAAUAUUAACAGAACCAAAA